AGAAAUGAGCAAACGGCCAGUGAUUGAGUCUGAAAAGCCUGCGUGGCACGAUGAGGACGACGAUAAUAUGGUUGUGGCGGUUCCAAAAAAAGUGAAAAUGACAAUGCGAGUUGAACUCAAGCGAACCACAGACGAAGAACAUGGAGAAUUGGAUUCAAAGGAAUACGUUGGUAGAUUGCAAGAGGCGUUCAGAAAACGCCACGGAGGCACACCAAAAUGGGCUAAGGCUGCUGCAGGAGACGAAGAAGAAGGGUCAUUGUUGAAAACUGCUGCCGGAUAUUUGGCGAAAGACGUGAAUUUACCAAAAACAACUAUUCAUACAACUCUUAUAAAAGAUUUCAACAUCGGACACCGAUACACUCGUGGAAUCACUGUUGUUAAAUUUCAUAAAACCCGACCAGUGCUCAUUGUUGCCGAUCAAGGUGGAAAUGUUCAACUUUUUAAAGUAAGUCGUGAGGUUAAAAAGGAUCGUUUCCUUCAAAGUGCGAAUUUCUCAAAAUUCCCGAUUGAUAGUCUGGAAAUUGCUGAUAAAGGACACUCUGUGAUCUGUUCUUCAAGCCGAAAGGAAUAUUUGAUGCAGUACAAUAUGGAAACAAGAGAAGUGACACAGUUGAAACCUCCAAACACAGUACCAAAGCAAGGAAUUCGGCUCUUUGCCAUUUCGCAUGACUCUCAAUUUUUGGCAAUUGCAGGACACAAUUCUCACAUCUAUGUUCUCCAUGCUACUUCGAUGGAGCAUAUCACAACAAUAUCACUCCCAGCAAAUGCGUCAGAAAUCAAGUUUUUCCCAUCGCACAGCCGUGAAAUUUGGAUCAUCUGCGAGACCGGCCAAAUUGUGAUCGCAAACAUUGGAUUGCCGGGAACCAAAUCAUCGCAACAUACAUUCACCGACGAUGGAGCUGUGCACGGAACAACACUCGCCAUCAGCCAACAUGGAGAUUACUUUGCGACUGGAAGUGAUACCGGAAUCGUGAAUGUCUAUUCUGGAAAUGAUUGCCGCAAUUCUACAAAUCCUCGUCCACUUUUCAAUGUUUCUAAUCUCGUCACCGCGGUCUCAUCAAUCGCUUUCAAUUCUGAUGCUCAAUUGAUGGCAAUUUGUUCAAAUGUCAAGGACAAUCAUCUUCGUCUCGUCCACGUGGCAAGUCAGACAACAUUCAAAAACUUCCCGGAAAGAAACGGAAAAGUGACACAUGCAAGAUGUGUGGAGUUUUCUCCAAAUGGAGGAUAUAUGGCCGUUGGAAACGAUGAUGGACGUCUUCAUGUUUUUGAAAUUCAUCAUUUUACAGACUAUUAAUUGGUUCUAACAUUGUUAUUCUUUUCUUUGUCGUUGAUUUCGUCCAAAUUGUUUUGUUUUUAUUCUUCAUCCGUUUUUUUGUUGUUAUGAAAAUUUAUCGUUUUU